AUGCCGAAACAAAAAUGUGACAAAGAAAAAUAUAGGAAAAUAAAAAGAAAAAUGCGAAAACUACAAGUCAUGUUGGAAACAAACCAUACUACAGACUCCAGUUUAGACAAAAAUACGGAAGAGCCAACAAAAACUCAACCUAAGUACAGAGGACCCUUGCUAAUUAUCAAAAAAAUAGGAAAAGAUGUCUAUAAAGUAAAAAGUUUAGAUAAGACGGAUAGAAGUAGAUCUUUCUGUACAAAUGUCCAUGUAUCUCCCUUGAAAAGAUAUCAAAACUCUAUUGAAGAAGACAAUGGUGGUGAUGAUGACAGUGAAGGUGAAGAAAUGCACGAAGAUGAAGAAAUGCACGAAGGUGAAGAAAUGCACGAAGGUGACGUAGAAGAAGAUAAACAAUACAAAGUAAUUGACAAAUACGAUUAA